UCACUCAACAAGAUGUGAAAUGGCUUCACCAAAGGUGAAACGAUUCGCGUCCAAGUGAAAUGACACGGCAUAUUUUGAUUUGACGUAACUUGUGCGUUCUUGACACGUCUUGUUGUAAGUUGAUUCAUCAUGUUGUGAAGUGAAUCAACAAGAUGCUUCCAUCUUGUUAUUUAUACUUCCUUGAAAGAAAUUUUACGGAAAUAAAAUCAAAAUAUGGAAAUUUGCCGCAUGUUUAUUGAAAUGAGAUAUCGUUCAAAGUCCUUUCCGCAACUCACACUUCGACGUUCGCACACCGUUAUUUUGUAUCGCGACAUUUUCCAAGCUUUUUUGCAUUUUGCUGGCAAAUAUUUUUCCCCUGGAAGAUCUCAGUAUAAAGGUCAAUUUAAUAUAGAUACAUUAUGGAUUCAUUUACAGCAGAACUAAUUAAUGCUAUCAAGGAUGUCAUUACCAUGUUAAGUGAAAGCACGAGUUAUGAUGAUCGUGAGCUGUGUGCAAUGCGACUUGAAGUACUUGCUGAGAAUGCAUUAACUCAUGAUGUCAUCCCAUUGGAGGUUGUUGACUGCAUAAAUAAAGCAGUUCAAUUAUUGAAAAGAGAUCUUGGGAUAGAAAGAAGAUAUGAACCUUAUCAAGCUCCAUCAGAUGAAGCUCUCAGGAGGCGAGGACGCCCAAGAUUUUCUAUUACGCAAGAGCAGCUUAUGUUUUUUAAAGAUAUGGGAUUUACUCAAAAUCAAAUGGCAUUAAUGCUUGGUGUCAGCAAGCGAACAGUGGAAAACAGACUUGCUGAAUUUAACAUGACACGCAUUGAGAGAUUCAGUGAUAUUGAUGACGACUCCCUUGAUAUAUACACUAAACGAAUAAUCUCGUAUUUCCCAAGAUCAGGAAUGAAGACUAUAGAAGGAGAGCUUGUGUCACAAGGAAUAAAGGUUCAAAGAAGGCGAGUACGAGAUUCUAUCAAAAGAGUAGAUCCAGUUGGAAGGAGACUCAGAACAAUCAACGCCAUACAAAGAAGGGUGUAUAACGUACGCUCACCGUUAUCACUUUGGCAUAUGGAUGGAAACCAUAAAUUGAUAAGAUGGCGUUUUGUCAUACACGGUUGCAUCGAUGGUUACAGCAGGGUAAUUGUGUAUCUUGCAUGUAGUGUUGACAACAAAUCUGCAACAGUAUUGAAACUGUUUGAAGAAGCAAUUGCUAAAUGGGGGCUUCCAUCCAGAGUUAGAGGGGAUAUGGGUGUGGAAAACCGUGAUGUUGCUCAUUACAUGUUGAGCCAUCCAGCAAGAGGACCAUCUCGUGGGAGUUAUAUUACUGGCCGCAGUGUUCACAAUUCAAGGAUUGAGCGAUUGUGGAGAGAUGUAUAUCAAACCGUUCUAUCCAUGUUCUACGACCUGUUCACACUUAUGGAAACGGACGGAAUCCUUGAUCCCGAUAAUGAACGCCACCUCUUUUGCCUUCAUGAAGUUUAUAAGCCUGUCAUCAAUGAUAUGCUUACAAAAUUUUCAAACGCUUGGAUACAUCACAAGAUGCGCACAGCUGAAAAUAAAAGUCCUCUUCAACAAUUUAUUAUGGGCAUGCAACAAAUACAACACGAGAAUGGUACUAUUGCCAACGAAUAUUUUGAAAAUCUUUCUGAGACCGAAUUAAAUACUUAUGGUGUGGACGUACAGGCAGGUUUACCACAGUACAAUGAUGACGACGGAGUAGUAGUGCCGGACACUACAUAUCCACUGGAUGAAACAGCUUUUGCUGAUUUUUUACACAGAGUGUCAACAGUAGAGCGCACAGACCCAUGGGACACUGAACCGUACCUAUAUGCGUUGCAAACACUUGACAAUUUACUACCCGAGGAAUCGCAGUAG